AUGCUAGCAUCCAUUCCAAUGGACCCGGUGCGCUCUUUGCCCAGGAACACUAGUGUCCCCCUGCGCCAACCUUCCGCGGAGGAUCUGGACGCCGCUCAACAACUGGUAUCGUCAGCACAUGCGGGUCGAGAACAUUUGGCAGAUCAUUAUGGCGAUACUUCCAUAAAGUUGUCAGGAAGCCCUCCACCGCACCAUGGACCCGGCUCAGCAUCAGGUCUCUCAGAUACCCGAUCAGAACAAGAGAGGACCUCUCCACGGGCUCAAAAAGAUACAUCUUUUCUGGGACACUCAUGCAGCAAUUGUGGAACAAAAAGUACGCCCCUUUGGCGGAGGUCUCCAACGGGAGCCAUGAUCUGCAAUGCUUGUGGUCUUUACCUGAAGGCCCGUAAUGUUGCUCGCCCCACAAAACGAAAUCGUAUCCAGCAGACCCCCGACGGUCCUGAAAGCAAACCCCCUUCCGCCCCUCACAUGGAACAUACCCCGACGUCAGAAGGAGGCUGUAAGGGUUCUUGUCCUGGUGGUGGAAGCUGCAACGGUACCGGUGGUGCUGAGGGAUGUGAUGGUUGCCCCGCAUACAACAAUCGCAUCUACAAGUCUGCGCCUCGGGGUGCUCCCCAUUCCUCCUGGGGUCGCACUUCAACCCCAGAUGCCGGUCCAACUCCUCCCCCACCCGUGGCUGAGGCACCGGCGAAAAACACUGCCGUUGAUAGCAAUGGAACUUUGGUUGCAUGCCAGAACUGCGGGACGACCGUGACUCCACUGUGGCGACGAGAUGAGCAUGGUCAUCCCAUUUGCAAUGCCUGUGGUCUUUACUACAAGCUUCACGGCUGCUACCGCCCCACAACUAUGAAAAAGUCUAUCAUCAAGCGUCGCAAGCGGGUCGUUCCAGCCCUACGAGAUCAGUCCCCCACCGCAGCGACCCAGUCCUCCAAUGGCUCAUCCGCCUCCCCCGAAGCCUCCCCCGCGGCCUUGGCUCAAAUCCACGACGAUCAUUAUCGAUACAUGAGCAAUGAGCCCGACCAUUACCACCCAAUGCCCGGCAGAGGUCCUCAUGAAGAUUCAUCACGCCCCUUGCCAUUUGCUCCACCUCCGGUGGAUUUUACUGGCUAUGUUAGCUCUCAUCACCACCAACUUCCCAAACUCCUCGAGCCUGAACGGUUGGGCCACUCGCCGGUGCAAUUCGCUCGACGAUCUGCGUCUCCGAAUUCUCUUGCGCUUCCCAAGAAACGGACCUUGGCGGAGACCUCAGAUGGACUUGCACCGCCCAUGCUAGGCGCUGGAUCAAAUCAGCUACCCCCCAUCAUGUCUUCGACAAAUCCUUCCCCUCCAGGUCGCCUCAGCUCGAUUUCAUCUAUCCUGAAUCAGACAGAAAGCCGCGAAGACUCUCGCAUGGACCUUUCGCCCAUGGGUCGGCCACAACCUUAUCAGGCACCCAUGCAUUCUGCACCACACCCGCCGCAACAUUUACCCGGGAUUUCCUCAUUCGCGGAACAUCCAUCGGGCGAACGCCGUGCCAUGUUGGAGCGGGAAGCUGAAUUGAUGCGCGAGGCAUUGCGCGCCAAGGAGCGAGAGUUGGCUCAGAUGGGCCGAUAA